AUAAAACAUAAGAAGUUAAAAAAAAGAAAAAAUGAAUACUAUUUUUUUCUACACAUUGUUGACUAUUACUGUGACUAUUGUCCCUUCUACAGCCACAGGCUCAAAAGAUGUUAAUAACAACAUAGAAGCUUUUAAAUACCGUUGUAAUUUAGAAGAAAACCACUGCAUUAAGAUUAUCAAUGAAAAGAGAGAGUCGUGCUACUCAAGUCAAAAUGGUUAUAAGACAAAAGUACCAUGUAGUUGUGACAAAGAUUGUGUGAACACAAUUGAUUGCACAACCCUUUCGGACGAUUCGCAAGCAUACAGAAGUUUCAUUAACGAUCGAUCUCGAGUAUUCGAUGGCUCCACCACCACUACUCCACCACAUGUUGUAAAUAAUAACAAUAUUAGAGAAAUAACCAAAGUUAAGAUACCUUAUAUAUUUCAAGAUGUACCAUUUUCAUACGCCGACGGUCCAUUAGGACCAAAUCAAUGGACUAAUCGCUGUCUCAAUUCUCCUAAAAAAAGACAAUCACCAAUAAAUAUUAUUACUCGAAAUUCAAUAAAAAUGAAAAAUCGGAAGCCACUUAAAUUAAAUUUCUUUUUAGAACAUGUACAUAAUGUUGAUGUUUAUUUGGUUAAUAAUAGAAACUCUCUUAGAAUGUACCUUAAACCUUCUUAUUUUAUAAUACUCGAGGGAGGAGGACUUAAAAGAGGUAGCAUUUUUGACGAAGUUCGUUUUCACUUUGGAUGCGCAUCAGAUCGAGGAUCAGAACAUCAGAUCGAUAGCAAAAAAUUUCAGUUAGAAGUACAAUUCAUGUUCACAAACUUUAAAGAUCUUCGAAACGUUAUUCUAGCCGUUCUAUUUGAAGAAGGUGAUUCAAACGACGACAAUAUAGAAACUUUUGACACCUUAGACGAAGCAAUAAACAUAAUGGGUUACAAUAUUGACGACGCGGCUAAAAUUACAAUUAGUGUGCAAAAACUCUUCAAAGGUCUUUUACCAGAUGACAUUAAAAUUGGAAUCCGUAAUUUUUUUGAAUAUCCUGGUUCUUUAACAUAUCCGCCUUGCUCAGAUGCACAUUGGUUUGUUGUGGUUAAUUCUAAACAUAAAGUGCCUACUAAAUUUUUAAAAACACUACGAAAACUUCGCUCAAGUAUGGAUAGUUCAAAUAAUCAGGAUAAUUUAAUGUGUGAUAACUUCAGACCGAUUCAGAAAAACAAGGAGAAGGUUUUUUCGUAACAAAACAAUAAGAAUUGAAUAUUAAAAAAAAUGUUAAAUUUAUUUUAUCGAGUUUUUUUUUAUGUAUGAGUUAUAACAUAUUAUACUAAAAUAAAUUUAGUUAAUAUUAA